CAACGUCUUGCUCUUACGACUUACAGCUGUGACGUAAAAGGGAGGUACAGUAGAGUACUUUACCCACGUUUUUCGAAUCCCUCGUUUAACACGAACAUAGGUUCUACACUAAUUUGAUCACCUAUUUCUAAGAAAAGCGCCAAUUUCAAUCGUAAGACUUAUAUUUUACUAGAGUGAGCCACAAACACUUGGCGGCAGUAAGCUCUUGUCUUCGUUGAAAAGAAAAUGGUGAGCGUAAUCGGGAAAGAAAUGGUUCCCUAUGAUACUAGUCGCCAACGUGAGCCUUCGUCUCAAAGCAGUUCUUCGUCAAUUGUUAUCGAUUCCAGUCCCCCAACUGAAGAAGAAAAUUCAAAUGCUGUUGCCAGGUUGAGUGAUUUUAUCAAUUCCAGCGAUUCAGACCAAUCAUUGCAAGAAACAAUAGCAAACAAACCAAGAAAGUUGGAUUUGCUAGAUACAAUUGAAGAUAUCGAUGAAGUAGACCCUGAAUGUGUCAAGGAAAUCUUAGAGGACCACAAAAACUAUCCACCCCAACACAGGCCUGGAGAUCCAGAAGAAAAUCCUGCCACACGAGAGAAAUUGAAUUACUUCUUAAAGGUCCUUGAGCUCAAGAUCGUAAAGUACAGUAAAUUGGCAAAUUGCAGAAUCCCUCAGUCCCUAAAAAACAUUCCUAUAGCCUUGAGCUAUGAAACAUUCAUAACUUUGUAUUGGCCUGGUGCAAUGAGCUGCUGCAAAAAGCUUUACAAGAGCUCACACAAAUAUAGUGCUCAUUACUACAAGCAACAUGUACCACAGAUAAAAAUUCCAUCACCGUCACUUAAUCUUGGUUGCAUCUCAGCUACGCCACCCGAAGACGACAUGAAUGAAACGGAAACAGUGGGCAAAACUUCUACAACUUCCCAGUUGGCCACAGCUCAUUUGUAUUCGGACAAUAGCAGUGACAUAGUCUCCCUACCUGACGAGUUCGACGAUAAAAGUCUUCCCACUAAGGAAAGCGUCCCAAACUUCCGACAGGCAAUGGCGUCACAAUCACUGACUAACCGACCCAGUACAUCAGGCGAUUUCACCGGUUUAGUUGCCCGGAAACGCAAAACGCUAAGUCCGUCAAGUCGUCCUGGCCCGUUAAGUUACAAGCAGCCUAAACUAAACCACACAAUUGCUACGAUAGAUUCUUCAGUCGAGUCCGGAGAUGAAAGAAGUUCUAGUCGUCCUAAAAGAACACGUAAAAGAUGCAGUAGUCAUGAGGCUUUAGGAAAUAAAACUGAAGAACAAAUGGGUGAAUUAGAACGUGAUCAAAUGAAAUAUGAACCGCAGCAUGAACCAGGCGCACCUGAAAACUUUAUUGCAACUUCUGAACGCCUUAGAUACUUUGCCGAAGUACUAGCUCUCAAGCUCGGGAAGUAUGGACAUCUGAAUAUCCCGCGUCAAGCUAGUUCUUCCACGCACAUUCCGCUAGCACUCAGUUUGGCAGGGUUUGUGCAGUAUUAUUGGCCCGGCAAAGUCAUUUGUUGUGGUCUGGUGAGGGACAAUUCUCAUGUGUUGGAGAAACACAUCAAUCGAUCUCAUCGUCCGCCAAAACCAGGUCCAUCCUUGGCUGUUGUUACGCCGCAGAUAGAUUCCUCCAUUGUUAAUGAUGCUGAAACAGACUCUGCAGAUAUUCGUCAAACUAAAAUAACCAAUUUUCUAUGUCCUAAAGGUACCAAAAGCGAAGUGUCAGAUAGACCAAGCUCAAAAAGCCCUCCUGGUUUUCAAGCGGACCAACACAAAUUCCCGCCGCAGCACAAGCCAGGAGAACCGGAAGAUUUUUGCGCGAAUCAAGAGAGUAUUGAUUAUUUCGUGGAGGUAUUGACAAUCAAAAGAGAAAAAUAUGCCAGCAUAGUUCCAAUCAAAGAGAAACCCUUAAGUAGCAAUUGGACAGAAUUUGUUCUUCACUAUUGGCCGGGAAUGAUGGACUGUUGUGGCCACAUUUUUACCUCAUGCAAAGAAUUUCAAGCCCAUUUUACCUCUUCACAUUUACCGCCGAAAAAGAUUCCUUGCCCGAAAAUUAUCGAUCCGUCCACAGCCAUUCCUGGACCAGCAUUAAAAUCUGAAGUACCUCCUCCGCCAAUCCCAUCUGUUGCGACUUCACCUGUGUCAAGUUUGUCACCAUCUCUGGGCAAAAAACGGUCCCGGGAUCAAUUAGCCAUCGAGUCGGCUACCUCUCGUAACGUGGAUUCGACUAGUCAGCUUCCGUCACGUGCAUCGAUUCCAUCUCACCUUCUAAUGAUUAAUUCCAUCCAAGAAGAAGCCCGUAAAUUACGCUCACAAACUGCGCUGGUGAUGACAGUGUCAGCUCUAUUGCCUCUACUCGAGCGCUUGUUGGAAUUGUCCGGUUCCAUCGCGAAUCGAAUUCGAGGUGCGAUGGAGCCCGAUACCAUUCCGCACGCACUCGAAUGCCUCGAGUAUGUGUGGCAUGCAUCCAAAGUGGCCAUUGUUCGUUGGGAAGACCUUAAGGGCAGGUCUACUCGCGAUCCCUGCCUCAGUGCUGUUCAGUACGCCUAUGGAACACUUCCUGUCUUCACCAAUUGGGAGCAGAGCAAACACUUGGAAAUGCUGGAACACGUCGUUUUACUAACCCACAACGCAGUCAAGAAUUGGCAGCCUCCGCCUUCUAGCCCCGAAGCGAAUAUGGCCGUCCGUCAGUCCAGCAUUCGGCGCCAACGUUCGAUCAAAGCAAUAAAGACUGCAGACGUGGUUAUGUCAACAAUUCAAGAGCCAUCAGAGGAGAAGAAUGGGCCUACCUUGGCGUCGACAUCAUCCAACGCAUCAACUUCUGUUCCUACUACUGAUAAAGACGCACCUAACCAAGAAGGGAAAGAAAAGACGUCGAAUGCAUUGUUGGAUUUUUGCCGCUUGGCUAACAUCUCUACGUGGCACAACACCAAAGCGAGGAGUGCGACGGGCUACAGGGAUGACAACGGCGACUAUCACGCUAUGUACCGCUACGGUAUAGGGAAAGCCAUCAAUCUUUAUUGCCCGCCCGAUGUAACUCAUCUCAGGUGCUGUGGAAAGGUCUUUGAUCUUGCACGCUUGAAAACUCACGUGAUGCAGUGCCAUGAAGCCAAUGGCCAAAGCAAUCGAACUGAGCCAUCCAUCUCGCCCGUCUGGAUGAUCUAAUUUAUCAGUUUUUCUCAUCAUCUUCUGCAUCGGGUAAGAAUUUCACUACAUGACACAUUCCUCAAUCCAUAAUACUGUUAUGGUUAUGUCUGUUACAUUUCUAUGGCAGAGGCAUCAAAUAUUCAACCAAAUACUCAGGUGUCAAUUGUGAUGAAACGUUUUGGUUUUCCAGUUUUUUAUAUAAUAAUCAAGACAUCAAGUAAAAUGUUAGAAAUAAAUACACGUUCCAAGA